AUGGCGGAACUACCACCCAUCAAACUCAACACUCCGACCAAAUACUGCCCAUCCACCAAGAAAUCUCCUCCCGUAGAUCCCCCCACUCUGGACUGGAUCACGACAACAUGGACCGUCACGCACUCUACGCUUUCCAUGUGGCGCGACGCCCGUAACGUCCGCAUCUCAUACAAGAUGCUCCCGGGGACAGCAGACGGCCGCCCCCGCAUGGACGACCUGGUCGAGUACGAGCCCUUGAACAAGGACGGCACCCUCAAGACCGUCGAGGGCGUCGACACGCAAGCGUCCUCCAUCGGCUGGGAUUGGCGCGGCAAGGGAUGGUUGACCCUUGUUCACUCCCACUGGGAGAUUCUCGGCUGGGGCGAGGUCGUCACUGCCGAGGGCGUCAAGGAGCGCUGGGCGGUUACCUGGUUUGCGCCUACGGUGUUUAGCAAGGAGGGAUUGGAUGUCUACUGUGAUCGAAAGGAGGGUUUGAGUGAGGCGACAUAUGAGAGAAUUUUCGAGGCUUUGAAGGGGUUGAAGGGAUCAGAGGCCAAGAAGGUUGCUGAUUUGGUUGAGGCUAAUAUGCAGCCCGUUGAGAUUAGACUGCCGUGGGUCGAGAAAUAA